AUGGUAUUCAUUACCGAAGUAUCUAGCCUUCCCUCACCGACUAACGCUCAAAGGUUUCUCGAUUCGUAUGAAGACGGCCUUGAAAGCGAAAAUGAUGCUGUAAAGGUUGCCGAGCAAUAUUCCCAUGACAAUGAAGACAUUUCAAAUGAUGAAGACAUUGCAAAUGCUGAAGACAACCGACUAGCUAUGAUGCAGGCACGAUCGACGUCGAACACACCUCCCACCUCAGUGGAGUGCUGCGGAAACUCAGAGUAUGGACUACUCAUCUACCGUUUCGAGGCAACUUUAAUGAACCGCGAAGACGCUCUCAAGAACUGCCAGCGCAAUGGUGGAGAACUGGCAGCGCCACUCAACAUGAAGGAAUUCAUUGUCCUGGAGAACUUCGUUCGUCCGUUUGGUCGUGCCUAUAUUGGCUACAAUGAUUUUAAGGAGGAGGGUAAGUUUGUCGACAACAACGGACAACCAACGGUGAUCAACAAUUUCUAUCCCCACGAACCAAACAACGUUCGCAACGAAGACUGUCUGGAAAUAUUUCCGAAUGGACAAUUUAACGACAUAAGAUGCUCUUCUAAACGCCCAUCGAUCUGUGAAUUCAGAGUUCAUGGCUAUUAA